UCAGGACUUUAAAUCUGGCAAAUGCCGUGGUAGGAAGGGUCAGUCAGGAGAAAGGCGAUACCCCACCCCGCAACCCAAAGGCUGCCAGUGGCCCUCUUGGGGUCCUCCAGGAGUGCAGCCCAAGGGUCAGGGACUGCUGGAGACGAGCACUGCCAGCUCGGGAUCCGUGGGGUCCAUGGCUGCUGUUCCUUUCAGCAUGGCAUCGCCAGCUUCCCCGGGACCACAGCCUGAUCUGCCUGGUUUGUUUUGGAUCUAAGCUGAAAUAAUGAUGAGUUUUGAGGAUCUGGAUGAGGACCCAGGCAAGUUUAUUACCUGCUGGUGGAAGUGGGAGGAAGAAGAUUCUCUGCGCAGACAGGUCCACAAGAGAGCUCUGGAGACUCAGAGAUCUAUGUUCCAAUCCUGUCUUGGCCACUGUGUGGUCUGAGCAAGCCGUCCUUUCUCUGAGCCUCGGUGGCCUCAUCUGUAAGAAGGGACUAAUGAUACGGGAUUUGAGGGCUGUUGAGGAGCUGAUGAGUGUGUCAUGUUCAGUACCAGUGUCCCCCCAUGGGCAGGCUCACAGCUUAGGGAUGGGAAGUCAGUCCCUGGAGGGAGCCUGCCAAAACCAGAAUCCCACAUGUGCCCCUCCCUAGGGCACAAGCCUUCCACAGGACCAAGCCUGAGCCGUGUAGCCUGGGACUUAAGGUCUCUGAUAACUGGGGCCUGCCGGCCUUUCCAGCCACCUCUCGCGCCUGAUUCUUCACCAUGCAGCAGCUGUCUGGAGUCUCUCAUUUCUUGCCUCGGUCCUGUUGCAUAUUCUACACUCCCUGCCUGAUAAGCCUCCUACUCGCACCUUCCUCAACUGGAGAACUACCCAGACUUGGGACCCAGCUCAGAUGGCCCCUCCUCUGGAAAGCUUUCCUUGAUCCCCACAGCAGGGUUGGAGCCUCUUCUAGGCCCCUACAGUCCUGGUGCUGACAGCCCUGGUCCCACCUGGACCGUCAUGAUCUAUGUCUGUCUCCUCCUUUCCUCUUCUCAGGUCUAGGGGGUCCUGGAGGGCAGAAACUGGGUCUGACUCAUUUCUGUGUUGCCAGCAUCCCGCACAGGGCUGAGCUGAACUGAGAGAGCAGCAGCAGCCCCCAUCCCCUGUUUCUGGCCCCAGCUUCUCCAGUAAAGGCCUGGCUGCAGGUGAGCUCCAUGUCACUCCAAAGAAGGGCAAACCAGAAUAUGGUUAUCAAAGUGGGUGGCACAGUUUGCCAGAACAGUGUGAUCUGGGACACUGCAGGACCUAGAGUGCCCAGGCUAAAGACCUGGAUUUUAUCCUGAAGGCAAUAAGGAGCCAUGGAAAUUUAUGAACAGAGGAGUUUCAUGGUCAGGUGGCAUUUCAGAAAGAGCUCUCUGGCUGCAGGAUGGAGAAUGGAUCAAGUAGUGCCAAGUGCAGGAAGGUCAGGGCAUUUGUGAUGUCAACACUAGAACUGUCCCAGGAGUUGUUUAAACCCUAAUUGAGUCCUUGCCCGUUGGCCAGACACUUUUCCCUGAGCCUUCAGAUGCUCCUGCUGAGGAAUUUGGGGACCUGCAAUUGAUCUCAUUCCAGCUCUGCUCCCAGCUUGUUGGAUGACCAGUUCCUGCCCUGCUAGGCUCUAAAAGGAGGCCAGAACAAGAAACCACAUGACCGCAGUGUGAAAGGUGGACAGACAGGGCAGGGGUGGAGGCACGGAGGCCAGUGAGGAGGCUGGUGCUGUGGACUGUGGAAAAACAGACCUCAGGCUGCAGUGCGGGGACCAUGUGGUGCAUGUCCGAGGAAUUUCACUGGUUGAACUAACAGGACUUGGAGCCCCUUGCGGCAACAGCACUGCCUGCCCAGAAAAAUGCUGGAGGCUAGGUGUGGCCCCAGGCCUGGGGACCUGUUUUUCCUGUUUCCUGCAGAGUUCCCUGCAGCCCAGUCCAGGUGUGUGCAUUCAUGAAUGAGGAACCCGAGCAGGCACUGAGCAUCCUGACCUGGAGAGCGGGGGCUGGUCAGAGAUGGGAUCUUGCUAUAUCAUCCAGGCUGGAGUGCAGUGGUGUGGCCACAUCUCACUGCAGCCUCAACCUCCUGGGCUCCAAUGAUCCUCCCACCUCAGCCUGCCAAGUAGCUGGGACUACAGGGCGAUGGCGGCAGACCUGGGCCCCUGGAAUGGCACCAUCAAUGGCACCUGGGAUGGGGAUGAGCUGGGCUACAGGUGCCGCUUCAACGAGGACUUCAAGUACGUGCUGCUGCCUGUGUCCUACGGCGUGGUGUGUGUGCUUGGGCUGUGUCUGAACGCCGUGGCGCUCUACAUCUUCUUGUGCCGCCUCAAGACCUGGAAUGCGUCCACCACAUACAUGUUCCACCUGGCUGUGUCUGAUGCACUGUAUGCGGCCUCCCUGCCGCUGCUGGUCUAUUACUACGCCCGCGGCGACCACUGGCCCUUUAGCACCGUGCUCUGCAAGCUGGUGCGCUUCCUCUUCUACACCAAUCUUUACUGCAGCAUCCUCUUCCUCACCUGCAUCAGCGUGCACCGGUGUCUGGGUGUCUUACGCCCUCUGCGCUCCCUGCGCUGGGGCCAGGCCCGCUACGCUCGCCGGGUGGCCGGGGCCGUGUGGGUGUUGGUGCUGGCCUGCCAGGCCCCUGUGCUCUACUUUGUCACCACCAGCGCACGUGGGGGCCGCGUGACCUGCCACGACACCUCGGCGCCCGAUCUCUUCAGCCGCUUCGUGGCCUACAGCUCAGUCAUGCUGGGCCUGCUCUUCGCGGUGCCCUUUGCCAUCAUCCUUGUCUGUUACAUGCUCAUGGCUCGGCGGCUGCUAAAGCCGGCCUACGGGACCUCGGGCGGCCUGCCUAGGGCCAAGCGCAAGUCCGUGCGCACCAUCGCCAUAGUGCUGGCUGUCUUCGCCCUCUGCUUCCUGCCCUUCCAUGUCACCCGCACCCUCUACUACUCCUUCCGCUCGCUGGACCUCAGCUGCCACACCCUCAACGCCAUCAACAUGGCCUACAAGAUCACCCGGCCGCUGGCCAGUGCUAACAGUUGCCUUGACCCGGUGCUCUACUUCCUCGCUGGGCAGAGGCUUGUACGCUUUGCCCGAGAUGCCAAGCCACCCACUGACUCCAGCCCUGCCACCCCGGCUCGCCGCAGGCUGGGCCUGCGCAGAUCCAACAGAACUGACAUGCAGAGGAUAGAAGAUGUGUUGGGCAGCAGUGAGGACUCUAGGCGGACAGAGUCCACACCGGCUAGUAGCGAGAACACUAAAGACAUUAGGCUGUAGGAGCAGAACACUUCAGCCUGCGCAGGUUUAUAUUGGGAAGCUGCAGGGACCAGGGCUUGUGCAGAUUGUACGGUCUCCCCAGAUAUGGACCAUCAGUGACUCAUGCUGGAUGACCAAGGAAGCCAUGACCCCAUGCUCCGUCAUUUAACAGGGGCUCAGGAUAUUCGCUCUGUGGUCCAGAGUCAACUGUUCCCAUAACCCCUAGUCACCAUUUGUGUGUAUGAAUUGGGGGAAUUAAGUUUCAAGAAAGGCGAGAGUUAAGGUCAAUGACACCCCUGGCCUGACUCUCACGCAAGUAGCUGGCUGUACUGCCAAGGUACCUAGGUUGGAGUCUAGCCUAAUCAAGUCAAAUAGAGAAACAGGCCCAGAGAGGAAAGUGGCUUACCAAGGUCACAUACCAGAGUCUGUAGCUGAGCUACCUGGGGUGGCGGCCAAGUCACAGGUUGGCCAGAAAACCCUGGUAAGUAAUGAGGGCUGAGUUUGCACAGUGGUCUGGAAUGGACUGGGUGCCACAGUGGACUCAGCUCUAAGGAGUACCCCCAGCCCAAGAGAUGAACAUCUGGGGACUAAUGUCAUAGACCCAUCUGGAGGCUCCCAUGGGCUAGGAGCCAGUGUGAGGCUGUAACUUAUACUAAAGGUUGUGUUGGCUGCUGA